UUUUCAGUGUGAGCGGUAAUUACUUUCUCUCUAGGGUGUGUGGUGUGCAUUUUGUGAAUCCUUCCCACACCCAAUUAGCAAAUGAGGUUCAGCUUUCCUACUGCUAUUUCAUCUUGUGAGGUACAGACCAAGAAUCUCCUCUUUAUCUGUGUUAAGCUUUUAAACAUGGAGUUUAAAAGAUUUUUAUGUUUGUAUACGGUUAUAACCCUGAAUGUUGUCAGUGGCUUGAAGUUUGAAGAGAAUCUUCCUGAAGAUUUUGAAAACAGGGAUCUUAGCAAGGCCAUUUUGGAGAUGCUUCACAUCAAUAAACUGUCGGUCCCUCAACAAGCGAAGCCACAUCCGUAUAUGAAGCAAAUUUACCAUCUACUGAGCACACAGGAGUCAAAGCAGAGAAGCGAUUCGGAUGGGACUCUGGUGCAGAGUUUCCGUAGUGUACAAGGCACUAAAUAUAGCAAACCUGGUUGGAUCUGGUUCAACUUGUCAUACUUACAGCCCUCUAUGACUGUUGCUGAGCUGAUCUUAUUGAGAAAAACCCUACACCCUGAACCGCUCACAGUAACAGUGGCUGUACACAGCCUCUCCUUUGGAGCAGGGAACCUGAGCGUAAGCAGCCCCCUCACUGAGCACCUGCUCACUCUGGACCAACUUCCCCCUUCAGGCUAUGAUGUAUUCAAUGUGACAGCAUCUCUACCUCAUCAGGUCCAUGAACCACACAUCCUGGGCUUCCAGCUGCGCUUCAGGGAUGAAAGUGGCAGCCUGGUGCUCCAUGAGGCUCUAACACAGAGCUUGUACUGCUUAAACACAAGCUCCCUAAGUCAGCCUCUGCUGGUGACCUACAAGGUGAAACCAACCGAGCGGCAGGUCUUUGAGCGCAGGCAGAGGCAGUACUGCAGAGAAAGCACUCAACAGAUAAAACAGUAUUCGCAACUGAGACAGCAGAGAAGCACAAAUGACACAGCCUGCAAGCUUUAUGAACGUCUCAUUGACAUACAUAAGACUGAACUGGGUCAGUGGAUACUGCAGCCAACUGCAUUUAACAUCAGCUUCUGCAGGGGUUUGUGCACGAAGGAACAGGCAAAACUUUCUCUGGCUGAUCAGACACCAAAGGAAAAGCACUUGGAAAAUGACAAAAGGCCACACUGCAGCUCACAGGAGACAUCUCCCCUCACAGUGAUGUAUCGGAGCGCCACAAAUGACAUCAUCAUAAAGCAGUUAAGAGAUAUCAGGGCACAGAGUUGUGUUUGCUCACCCAAUAUUAGAUCUAGUAUUAAUGGGUGAAGUAAAACAUUGAUACCUACUCAAAUACAAAGUAGUGUGUUGGCACAGAGUGUGUGGAUUAUAAUUUCAUUAUCCAACACAGCCAUAAAAAAUAUAACCCGUAAACUAAUUAAGUAAGAAUUAUAAGUUAUCUGAAGUUGAUUAACUUGUUAAUAAGAGUUGCUUAAGAGGUCAUGAGGUACUUGGAUAAUAUAGUGGUUCCUAAUACCAAUUAUGAUCACCCAAUGCAUGGUACAUGUUUAUGUUCCAUGCUCUGGACAACUUGAUUCACCUCAAUCAAGUAAUUAUAAACACUUCCAAGAAUGAGUCAAAUGUGCAAUGCAUCUGGUUACAAUAACUAGAUCCUGACUAACACUUUAUCUGAAUGGUUCAAACUUAAGGCCUUUAUGAAAUGUGCAUAAGAAUUGCAUAAAUAUCUUAAAGCAAUGCUGGAGGCAUGUCAGUACUCAAUAGAUAUCAUUAAAGGAAUUAUGUGACUUGGAAGAGAGAAAAAAGAGAACCACCCUUAAUUAUCAUUCAGCACAUUCAUGACACUUUGAGUUGUAAGGAGGUAUACAAUGUGAAUAUAAAGAUGUAAAAGAUACAGUACAAAUAUAUAAUCUGCUUCUUAACAGUGUUAUAAAUGUUAUAUUGAUUAACACCUGAUUUUGGGAGUAUUAAAAUCAAAGUCAAGUUGUAUUAGAAUGGCACAACAUAAUAGUAAAAUAAACCACCAAGACCUCAGCUGAGUGGCAUUCAAUUUCAUGCUCCUAUAAGACUUGAAGACUUAAGACAGAAGCUGCAGUAAAUACAUCUUCCAAUAGUUAAGAUGACAGGUGGACACUUUACACUUUCAUGAAUGUGCUAUUAGUAAAGACAAAGUAAUAUAUUUCAUAAAAGCUGUUAUGUCAUCUCAAAGGUUUUAAAGCUUACUUAAAUCCUCCAGUAGUGCUUUAUAAAAUAUUUAUACAAUGCUUAUGAAUUCCUUUAAAAGGUAGCCUGCAUGGAUGUACAUUCAUACUUUCGACCACAAGAGGACAGGAAUUUCUACAUUUUUACAAGGACUUUUUUUAUAAUGUAUAACAAUGUAUAAUUCUUAUUGCUUAUAUAUGGUUAUUCUCUGUAUUAUAAACUGAAAUACAGUUCAGUUUCAUUAAUUAGCUACAGCAAAGUGACUACUGUAAUAUAGCUAUUUUCCAAUGAUUAAACAUUUGUUCUCUUGGCAGUUAUCAUAGACCAUAUCAGAAUAAACAUUGCUUAUUAUUCUGUGCACCCUCCAGUAAUGAACAGUAAUGAGAGGAAAAACUAACUGUUCUGGGAUUUAUAAUCAGUUUAAACUCACCACCGAGAACCACUUACACUGCAAAAGAGCCUAAAAAUGCUGCAGAAAUGAAAGUGACCAUAACAUAAUCUGACACAAGACUGACCAAGGGUUAGGCAUUUCAGCAGUUUGGCAAUUAUUUUCUCUAAUUUGUUAUCCUUUCAACAAUGCUUCCUCUCAGACUGUAAUAUUGUAACCCACAUUAAUUGAACUUGACA